AUGACCCCAUACCUUAACGGAGACACGGACGACCAUACAGAGCGCAUCGCUCACCAAGGGGUCGACGAUAGAGAGCCAGUAGCCAUCAUUGGCUUGGCAAUGCGAGCCGCUGAUGAGGCCAAUGACACUGAGGCCUUUUGGCACUUUCUACUGAAAGCACGGCAAGCGACUCGGCCUAUACCAGAGGAUAGACUCAGCUCAAAAGCAUUCUACCAUCCAGAUCCUGAUCAUGGGGGAACGUUCUACGCUAAAGGAGCUUGCUUUCUUGGAGAAAGUCCCAAUGGAUUCGACGCUGCCUUUUUCAAAAUGAGCAAGACCGAAGUGCAGAGUCUCGAUCCUCAACAACGGAUUCUGAUGGAAAACGUGUACCACGCACUGGAAAAUGCCGGUCUUCCAAUGGAAGAUGUAAUCUCCUCGAACACGUCUGUUUUCGUCAACGGUUUUAACUACCAUCAUGCAGAUCGUCUAAAUAGCGACUUGGAACUGUCUUUCAAGCAUAAGCCCACUGGUGCGGAAAGUUCUAUGAUUUCAGGCAGAGUCAGCUGGUUCUACAACUUGCAAGGAGCUAGUCUCACGAUUGAUACUGCCUGCUCGAGCAGUUUGGUAGCUCUUCAUCUCGCUAGGCAAAGUCUUCUUGCGAAAGAAAGUGAAAUGGCCAUCGUCAGUGGUGUGAGCGUGAUAGGAUAUCCGGCUCAUUUGAUGAAAAUGUCACAUUCCGGACUCCUGGGGCCCGAGGGCAAGUCAAUGGCUUUUGAUUCUCGAGCAGAGGGGUAUGGUCUUGGAGAAGGUGUCGGAACUAUCAUUCUCAAGCCCUUAUCUGCUGCCAUUCGUGACGGUGACACAAUCAGAGCACUCGUUCGUGGAACUGGUCUAGGCCAUGAUGGUCGCACCCCUGGACUGACAUAUCCAAGCGCAACUGCACAAGAGUCACUGAUUCGCAAGACCUACCUAGCCUCGGGUUUGGAUCCCAAAGAUACGGUUUAUUCUGAAAGUCAUGGAACUGGGACACAAGCUGGAGACUUUAUCGAAUGCACUGCCAUUACGGCUGCAUUUGAGACCCAGCGACGAAAUUCGCCAUUCUACGUUGGGGCUAUCAAGCCCAACAUCGGACAUCUUGAGGGUGGUGCUGGCAUUGCUAGUGUGAUCAAGUCAGUCCUCAUUCUGGAGUCUGGUGUUAUUCCGCCGAAUGCGACACUGGAAGAGGUCAAUCCGAAAAUCUCUCAAGCCUGGAACCUUCGGUUUCCCACAAGUUGCAUUCCGUGGCCAACAUCCGGCAUCCGCAGAUCUUCUAUCAGUGCGUACGGAAUCAGCGGCACAAACGCACAUUGCAUUUUAGACGACGCGUACCACUAUUUGAAGGAGAGGCGGAUAACGGCUCGGCAUACAACCAGCGAAAGAGUCCCGUCAGAACAGGAAAUUAAGGCCCUCCUUACGCAAGUUUUCAAGCGCUGCAAUUCUCAACCAGAUGAGCCUAUUUCUGAGACUCUAGUGUCACAAACUGGUGGUACUCACAUCAACGGCGUCAACGGCGUCAACGGCGUCAACGGCACUUACGGUGUUAAUGACAUGCACGGCGUCAACGGUACGAAUAGCACCAAGAGUACCAACGACACGAAUGAUAUCAACGGUGGCAAUGGCAUACAUCGCAUAAACGGUGUCAAUCAUGUCAAUGGUACCAACAAUGUUUACGGCUCAAACGGUAGGAGUGGCGUCAAUGGUUCGGAUGGCGCCAACGGAGCCAAAACCAACCGUCCGAAUCCGAAUGAAAGAGCCCUUCAAGUUUCCGAAGCUCCAAUAAUUUUUAUCUUCUCGGCCUUUGAUCAGGAUAGGUUGGAGAAAGUGGUCGAGCAGACAAGGGACUAUGUCUCAUCUCGGAUUCUGGAUUUCGAGUCUUCCCCACGGCAAACCUUAAGUGAUCUUGCGUUCAGUCUCUCUGAAAAAAGAUCUCGAUUUCCUUGGAAAGGUUAUGCCAUGUGUAAUUCUGUGGACGAGCUCCAAGACAAGCUUUCCAAGUUGCCUUCAAAAGCCAUCAAGUCCCGAUCGCCCUUGCGGAUCGGCUUCGUCUUCACCGGGCAAGGGGCCCAAUAUGCGAAGAUGGGCCAACAACUUCUCGUCUACCCAGUUUUCAAGAAAUCAUUGGAAGCGGCUGGUACUUACUUCCAGUCCCUGGGUAGUGAUUGGUCACUGCUAGAAGAGCUCGGUCGAGAGGCACAAGAUUCGAGGAUAUCUAAAUCUGCGUUUGCACAUCCGCUAUCUUGCGCGGUUCAAAUUGCAUUGCUUGACCUUUUGCUCAGUUGGGGUGUCAUUCCUCACCGUGUGACAGGACACUCGUCAGGAGAAAUCGCAGCAGCUUACUGUGCGGGUAAAAUUUCGCGCGAAGCAGCUUGGAAGGUGGCAUACUUCCGAGGACAUGUCCUCCGCUCAGGAGAGUCGAAACCACCUUUCACUGGAGGUAUGAUUGCGGUGGGUCUUGAAGAAGAGCGGUUACUUGAUCUCCUCAAAGAGGUGCACGCAAGAUUCCCCGGUGGUGCGUUGUCUAUCGCUUGCUAUAACAGCCCUCGCAAUCACACUGUUUCCGGUGACCUUGUCAUGGUUGAUGCUUUAAAAGAGAUUCUCGACGAGCAAGGAAUCUUUACCCGAAAGCUCAAGGUGGAACAUGCUGCCCACUCCGCCCACAUGGAGUAUUUCUCAGCAGAAUAUGAUGAACUGUUGGGCGAGCUCCCAUCGAAACAUCGCUUGAACUUUGAUCAUACUGUGCAUAUGUUCUCCACUCUUACGGGUCGUUUGUUGGAUGAUACAUGUGCUCCUGGAAAGGCCUCACACUGGCGUGACAGUAUGGUGUGCCCCGUCAAAUUUACGGAUGCCCUAUCCUCGAUGUGUUUUGACCCUACGCCAUCGCAUGGCUGUUCAACUCAUAACACUUGGGUAGACGUGAUUCUGGAAGUCGGACCUCAUCCAGCAAUGCAAAGCGCAGCCAAAGAGAUCGUUGGGUUAAAUGCCGACGUACCAUACUUGCCAACCCUAAACAGGAAGGACGCUGGGUUAAGCAGUCUGCUUGAAACCAUUGGAAACCUGGUCAUCCGUGGUGCACCCAUCAAUCUGGACAAGGUCAACAGGGCUGCGAAUCCCUCGCAAACACUCUACGAGAGCCGCCUGGUCAAAAAUACUCGCCUUCGCCAGUUCCCUAGACAUGACUUGUUCGGUGCCCCUGUUUCGGAUUGGAAUCCCAAUAGUCCACGAUGGCGCCAUUUCCUACGCAUUUCCGAGAAUCCGUGGCUCAAAGAGCAUGUGAUCGGCGAUAGUUAUGUUUUUCCAGGAGCAGGCUAUAUCGUGAUGGCAGUGGAAGCAAUGCAACAAGUGACCGAUGACUCGGACAUGAUUGGCGUGCAUCUGAGAGACGUCUUGUUCAAAGCAAUGCUGGUGGUUCCAGAUGAUACCCAAGGGGUGGAAGUGUGCCUUUCCUUCUACCCUGUGCCAGAGUCCAAAACUUCAUUCUCCACUACAUGGAGGAGGUUCGAAGUGGCCUCUUACAACCAGGCGACUGAGGAGUGGGUUGAGCAUUGCACUGGUGAAAUCUCUCCGAAUUUCAAGAAGUCGCUCAAUGACAUUGAUGGUUUCCGCCAAGAAGAGAUAGCCAGGUCGGAAUGGCUGACAUUCGUGCAGGCCAGGGAGAACAGCUGCCAGGUGCCGGUUGAUUUGGCUCCUAUCUACAAGCAUCUCAAAGAUAUCGGCAUCAACCACGGAGACAUAUUCCGAAGCCUGUCUAAUGUUGCCAUCGGUGAUGAGAGCCAAGGCUUGAUGACAGGCGACAUUGUUGUUCCCGAUGUCAAGCAAGUCAUGCCAAAGCAGUACGCGCACGAACACCUCAUUCAUCCAACUACCCUUGACAAUGCCUUCCAGGCGGUAUUCGCGGCCAUAUAUGAUCUGAAUGGAAAGCAGAUGUUGCGACGCGGUUGCAUUCCCAGUUCCGUGCGAGAGAUGUGGCUGUCAACGAAAGAAUUGUCCUCUAAGCCUGGUACGACAUUGCGCUGCACAAGUCAGGCUUCUCCCAGUUUGCAUGGAAGUUUCGAGAGUGCAAUCCAGGCGUGGAACCCUUCAAAUCCAGGUGCGAAAAUAUUCUCGCUGACUGGCGCACGGUUGGCCCCUUUCAAGUCUGAAAGCAGUGACGCUCCUGCCAAUGACAGGAGAACGUGCUAUUCCAUUGAGUGGCAUCCAGAUUUGGACUUCGUCACCAACAAGGAGUUGCAAGAGCUUCUGCCGCGUCCCUUCAAUCCCCCUGCGAGCUACGCUACUCAGUUGGAAUGGCUCAGUAAAUUGCAGUUAGCGUCUACUCUUUUAGCGAACGACAGUCUUCUGGCCAUCCGAGGGGCCAAAGCAUCCAGCUUGGGAGAUCGGCACAUGCCUUAUCUCAAGCUCCUUCGAAGUAUCGCUGCAGAUCUCACGAUUGACGCUGUCCCGUAUGUGUCACUGGAGACCUGGUUGAAGUAUUCAUCGAAUGCCACACUGAAAAAGCAACUCUACCGCGAAGUCGAGGCAAGGAAUCCCGAAGGCGCAUUGCUGGUCAAGAUGGCAUCAAGAAUCUCAUCUAUUUUGCGAAAUGAGGCUAGGAUUGAAAAACUCUUGUCAGAGACAGCCGACCUCAUCUGGUCUUGGGAUAAGAGUAGCUUGUCGCGAGGGAAUGUUCUUCCCACGCUUACUCAAUUUCUCACUCUCCUGCGCCACAGCCAUCGCAGCAUUCGCAUCUUGGAUGUCCAGGGCCGCACGGGAGCACUCUCUGAGCAUGUCCUCAAAAUUCUCAGUGAAGGUGGCAACGCUAAUUUUGUCGAACAAUAUGUCAUUGGGUCUCCAUCGACUAGCGGCUUUGAGGCGUUAAAGAAGCGCCUUGCUGUCUGGGGAGACGUCGUGGAAAACAAAGCUCUUGACUUGGGGUCUGACCCACUGGAACAGGGGUUCGAAGCCAGAUCGUUCGAUCUUAUCAUCGUCAGCCACUGUAUUCGUGCAAUGCCUGACAUAGAGGCGACAUUUUCGCGGCUGAACUCUCUUGCAAAAUCAGGAGGCCGGUUAUGUGUCCUGGAGGAGAUGCGGCCAGAAUCGCUACACACCAAUGUCUCAUUCGGUUUUGUGCCUAGCUUCAGCCGUGCAAUUGAGAACAAAGCAGGUACAUUUGCUCUCAAGUCCGACUGGGAGAAAGCUCUUCAAAAGGCUGGAUUCUCUGGGAUUGACUCCGAAGCUUCUAGCUCUACCUAUGCUGAGUUCGCUGACUUCACCUUGAUGGUCUCAACCGCAAAGCACGUACAAGAGGAGGCCGCUGUGCCUUCUUUGGAAGUACUCCUGGUCCUCCAAUUCCACUCAGAGAUCUCUCGUCUACUGGCCGGAAAGUUGAUCGACGCUGGAGUGAAGCUUUCAAUUUGUCGGCUUGAUAUGCUUCGUCCCGAGGACUUGGUGGGCAGAACAUGCAUAUCUUUGCUCGAAGCCGAAGAACCCAUUCUCAACAACUUGGAUAGUGACACCUUCCAAGCAGUCCAAGAGCUGAUCACCGGGAGUGAUUCACUGUUGUGGGUUACUGGAGACCCCUUGACGCAGCCUGAAUUCCAAAUGGCAACGGGGUUGAUUCGCACUGUUCGUUGGGAAUUGGAUCGCAACAAUCUCAAUCUCGUCACUCUUUCUCUGGAUAGAGAAGCUGCAGCUACUGCAGAGGGGAAUGUUGACGCUAUAUUCCGAGUAUUCGAGCAUCAAUAUUUGAGACACGGAGUCGACCCUGGCGGCUCCAAUGCCGAGUAUCGUGUCCGAAGACGAGUGAUUGAGACCAAUCACAUCGUCAAGGACAAAAGUGCAAGCACGGCCCUUCAAACUCACUUCGAGCGGCCAAAAGCAAUUCUCCAGCAGUGGGAUACGAUUGAACGACCCGUGCGGUUAGUCAAUCCCCAGCCUGGAGUCGACAGUCUCGUAUGGACUACCGAUGAAGACCUCGCCAGACAACCACUUACUGCCCAUGAAAUCGAGAUCGACGUUCGUGCUGUUGGACUGAACUUCAAGGACUUAUUGGUGGCAAUGGGGGAGAUUGACCAGCCAGGCUUUGGGCAUGAGGCAGCCGGUAUCGUUGUCGCGGUUGGCUCGUCUGUGAGUGGUCUCAAAGCUGGUGAUCGAGUGAUGUGCCUCGGCGAUCCUUCAUCAGGCAGGAUGGGCACCUUGCGUACUCGUGUUCGCACCCAUUCAGGACUGGCAGUCAAGAUUCCCGACGCACUCAGUUUCGAAAUUGCUGCAGGGAUGCCAAUCAUCUACAGCACGGUGAUAUAUUCUCUAGGUCAUAUCGCUCGGCUCAGAGCAGGUGAGAAGAUCCUGAUUCACGCCGCUGCAGGUGGUGUGGGACAAGCCGCCAUUCAAUACGCACAGGUCAAGGGAGCCGAAAUCUUCGUGACUCUCUCGAGCAUUGAGAAGAAACAAUUUAUCAUCGACAACUUCAACAUUCCCGAGGACCACAUCUUUUCUAGCCGUGACCUGACUUUCUCGAGCGGAAUCAAACGAAUCGCUCCUGCAGGUGUAGACGUUGUCCUCAACUCCCUUAGUGGCGAAGCACUCCGACAAUCCUGGGCUUGCAUUGCGCCAUUUGGGCGAUUUGUCGAGAUCGGAAAGCUUGACUUCCAAAAUGGUUCCAAGCUCGACAUGACUCCCUUCCUGCAUAACGUCACCUUCUCGGGCGUGGAUCUUAAUGCUUUGGCCGAGGAGCGCCCCGAGAUCUGCCAAGAAAUACUCCAGGAGGUGAUGCAGUUGUGGUUGAGCGAGAAGAUUCAUGAGGCUCGACCAACACGUAUCUCUGAAUAUGGUCAGUUGAAAGAUGGGAUGCGCCUCCUGCAGACUGGUAAGAGCAUCGGCAAGAUGACACUCGUCCCUGGUUCUCGUCCGGUUUCUGUCUUACCGGAGCAACUACCUCCCCUUGAGUUGGAUCCCAAUGCAUCGUACAUACUGGCAGGAGGUUUGGGAGGAAUUGGUCGCAGCAUUGCCCUUAAGCUGGCUAGAAUGGGAGCUAAGCACCUCAUCUUCCUUUCGCGUUCAUCAACCGUGCAUGAGGCGGGGCAAAACACAAUCGACAAGCUGGAAGCCCUUGGCUGCACGAGCCAUGUCUUCCAGUGUGAUAUCUCGGAUGACGCUCGUCUCCGCGAAGUGUUUGUUUCAAUCAACGAAGAUUUGCCGUCAGUCAAGGGAUGCAUACAAUGCUGCUUUGUUCUGAGGGAUGGAGCUUUUGACUCGAUGGCUCACCAGGAUUGGGAAACUGCCCUGGCUCCAAAGGUCUCAGGGUCUUGGAACCUCCACAGACUGCUUCCGCAUGUUGACUUCUUCUUGAUGUUGAGCUCCAUCACUGGUAUCGUGGGCAACCGAAGUCAGGCUAACUACAACGCUGGCAAUAACUUCCAGGAUGCGCUCGCACGUCACCGUGUUUCCAAGGGAAUGCGCGGGGCUAGUGUCAACCUGGGCGCUGUGGUUGGCAUUGGAUUCGUUGCGGAGAACUCUGAAUAUGCUGGAAAGCACACUUUCAAGAUGGCAAAUCAGCAGACUGAAGAAGAGGUGCUGACCGUCGUUGAGUACAUGAUCGAUCAACGUCACAACACUACCCUGAGUCCCGAUAUCGCGCAGCUCAUCUGCGGUCUCCGAACCCCAACUUCCUACAGUCUCGGAAACGAAGACCCACCGAGUCAUCUGCAGUAUCCGAUGUUUUGCCAGCUCCCAGCAGCUCCCCAGGGUUCCCUAGGCGCCAUUGGCGCAGAGGCUGGAAAAUCAGCACCUCUCAUUCGUGAUCAACUUCAGGCAGCCACAACUCAGUAUGAUGCCGCGCAAAUCAUUCACACGGCUCUCAGGCACAAGAUGGCCAGCUUGCUCAACGUGAGCGAGGACUCUUUCGACGACUCUCUCAGUGUCCGAGAGAACGGAGUCGAUUCGUUGAUCGAGAUGGAAUUCCGAACAUGGUUCGCCAAGGAGCUGGGCGCAUCGGUGCCCUUGAAAGACUUGGCCAAGGACCUGAAGCAGUUGAGUGCGAGACUUGUUCUACUGAGUUCGUUCUCCAAGUUCCAUUGA